AUGAGCAUUUUUGAUGAUCCCUCAUCCCAAUUGUCAAGGCUCUCUCGAGUACAACAAGUCCUUAUGAGACUACGGAAUACGGAAAUAAGUAUUCAAAAUAGCGCUUCGCGCCUCGCUCUUGUGUUGUUUUACCAUGAAACUGAAGUCCUCUGUCCAUCGGGAGCGAGGCUAGGCUCAUUAAGUACAAUUGCUACAGGACACAAUAUUUGCCUGACGCAAAUUGACAAUUAUCGCAGGAGAGGCAGGAAUUAUACACGAUUUCUUCUUCAAGCAGGUCUAGGCGCUUUUCUUCGAAUAGGAGACGGCUUGUGUCGCAUAUGGGAGUGUAAACUUCGUGUAUGUGAUAUUGAGAUGAUAGUUGAAUAUAUAAAAGAACAACUUCCCGUAUGCUAUCAGUAUGCUAAAUCAUUGGAUCGAAUUGCAGCCAAUGCAAUCAUUUCCGGGCUUUGUGCUUGUGGUUGGACCCUUCCCCAACUUUCUGAGUUGGAUACCCCAUUACUCCAGGAGGUUCGAAAACACGUUGAUCUCGAGACACGGAAAAAUGAUGGCUUGGGGGAAACAGAGAAUGCUGAUAGGACCACCUUUGUGCAUCGAAUGGAUGGGAGCGAAGAGUCUCAACCCAAACGGCGGAGAAUGAAUAAGAGCAGCAAGUCACAUCCGGAUCCCGUACCCAGAAAGAAAGGGGAUGAAAUCGUGCAUCCAGGUGUAACGCUGGCCUGUGGGAAUUGCAGAAGCGCCGAAGCGGAUUGUAAAUGCCCCCGAACGUGGGAGGAAUCUGUACCGUCGCAAUCUAGCAGUGCUCGUCCGACAUCUAAUACGAUUAAUGUCCCGAUUCAAUCAACGAAAACCCUGAACGUUUCUUGGAUGGAAGAUCACCAAGACACAGCACAACCCAUUAUGGAUUCCACAGUCCCUAUACUCGUCCCGGAAAGAGAUGCGUACAUAGAAUCAGUGAAUGAAUGUGGCACAAGAGUAUCGACAGCUCGAAAAUCCUCAAACAGUUCAUAUAAUCCUGCUAUGCCCUUUGAUGCGCAAGGCAACGAUCUAUGGAGAUACACUACACCGCUUGAUGAUGAACAGAACCAAAACAAAUCAUCCACCACACCAUUCAAUACAUCAAACGUCGAUAUAUGGACAUACGCUGUACCGCUUCAUAAUGAACAUAACCAAAAUGAACCAUUCACCACAUCAUUCGAUAUACCGAACGGCGAUCCAUGGAUGUCCUGUGAUGAAAACACCCCACACGGUUAUCUAUGGACGAUGGACGUCGCUUGA